UUCCUUUGCGCGGAAUAUUCCUGUACAUGAAACCGAGACAGUAUAUGCAUAAUAUUUGCCUUUUUUGUGACAUUUGUCAAAUAUCAUGAAUGCAUACGCCUAGGCUUUAGUCUAAGUAUUGAUAUUCUUCCCAAGAGAUUUUGUUGGUAUUCUAUUGAGUUCUUGUGCUUCAAGAUUGUAUUUUGGUAUGAUCCCAUGUCAUAUUUUGGAUCGUAGAUGCUGCUCUAGUGCAUGAAAAUGUCAGUUAGCUGCGAAUUGAAGAAAAUACUGUGACUCGUUGAGGUGUUUUCUGAAAAUCUGAUUGGUUCAUUUUUGACAAAUUUGGGGCUACUGGAAGUAUGAGCUGGUGUAUAGUUGAAACUUGAUAGUCUGGGAGAUAUAUCUUGAUGGCUUACACAAAGAACACUGAAUUAUUAUCACCUGAAAAACGAAGCUUUGCUAGUUUAGUCAAUAAGACUCAGGAUCAGAGUGAGAAAAUGUUGUGGGCUCCUCGCCGGGUGAGGAGAUUUGGUCGGAUUCCGAGACACAGAUCGUUGUUUUGGUUGUUGUCACUUGCAGUGAGCUUCUCGAUAUGUAUUGCAAUAAAGAUGCAUUUUCAUGGCACUGCUUCGUCUUUGCAAAUUGUCAAAGAAGAAUCUGCUGUGGAUAAUGUCACAGAACAACCACGGAAGACGCGGAGGCAGCGUUUCAUGCCAUGUGAGGUUCCAUUUCUUGAUUCUGUUACUUAUCUCCUUGAGCCUGAGGAUAAUAAUAAGUUCGCUCGUUUCUCCUUGGGGUAUGUUGAAAGAGAAGAGAGGACCCUCCUGAAUGAAGCUACUGAAGCUCGAUUUGGAGGACAUCAGACUUUUGAAGAUAGAGAGAACUCUUACCAUGCAACAAAUCAAACAAUUCAUUGUGGCUUUGUGAGUGGACCUGAUGGGUUUCCAAGCACUGGAUUUGAUUUGGAUGAGAAGGACAAAAGUUACAUGAGUACAUGUAGAGUUGUUGUCUCCUCGUGCAUCUUUGGCAACUUUGAUUUUUUGAGAAGGCCAACUAGCAAAGUGAUCAGUGAGUACUCCAAGAAAAAUGUUUGUUUUGUUAUGUUUGUUGAUGAGCAAACUUUAGCUAAACUCUCAGCCGAAGGAAAUGUUCCAGAUGAUAGAGGAAACAUUGGGUUAUGGAAGAUAGUUGUUGUGAAGAACUUACCAUAUGAGGAUAUGCGGAAAACUGGAAAGGUGCCAAAAUUUUUAUCACAUCGCCUGUUUCCUUCUUCUAGGUAUUCUAUUUGGCUUGACAGCAAGUUGCGACUUAAUGCUGACCCAAUGCUGAUCAUUGAAUACUUUUUAUGGCGAGCGGGUUCAGAAUAUGCUAUUUCAAAUCAUUACACUCGGCACUGUGUUUGGCAGGAGGUACUCCAAAAUAAGCGGCUAAAUAAGUACAAUCACUCUGCCAUUGAUGAACAGUUCCAUCUUUAUCAGUCUGAUGGUCUUACCAAGUAUGACUCAUCAGACCCAAAUAUUCCUCUUCCAAGCUUUGUACCUGAAGGGUCAUUUAUUGUCAGGGCUCAUACAGCAAUGUCAAAUCUAUUUUCAUGCCUUUGGUUCAAUGAAGUUGAUCGCUUUACAUCACGUGAUCAACUUAGCUUUGCGUAUACUUACUUGAAGUUGAAGAGACUGAAUCCCGAUAAGCACUUAUAUUUAAAUAUGUUCAAGGACUGUGAGCGAAGAGCAAUCACUAAGCUGUUUCAUCAUAGAGUGGACACAUAGAGACAGUUCUGAUCUUUUGGUGGGAAUUAAGGUAUUGCUCAUGUGCUACACUCAAAGCAUCUCAACGGUGAAUAUAACCUUCCCACAGCUUGUGAAGUCGCAAUUGUUUCUUAAUCUGCUGUAGCAGAAAAUUCUGAUGCUAAGAUGCUAAUCCUGGAUUGGUUUCUGCAAUGUUCUUGACCAAUCUACCAACGUAACAUACUGAAAAUUCAAGUAUUUACCAUACACGCCUUUAGCUGCUGUUGUCAAUCAGUUGCUGGAAGUAGGCAACGUAAAGCACUUGGAACGCAAGGACUGGAAAUUUAACAAAGGCAAAUAGUCGAUCGCAUUAGGGGAGUUUCCUCAUUUCGAGCAUCCCACGAGUUUUACUUGUGCCUUGUUUGUGCACAGUCUUUUGUUUCUAAUAGGACAGCUUUGAAUAGGAGAUUAAUGAGGUCCUCUCCUAGUACUUAAAAAAGUCUUGUGUAAAGGAAUUCGGUUUCAAAUGUGAUGAGAGGUUUAACUAAUGGUAUAUAUCAAGUUGUUUAAUCGUA